GCGCCGGAAGUAGUUUCACCAUCGAAGCUAAAGCUAGCCUUUUCCGAGUAACAAUAAAACGAAACAAUUUGUGAAACUGUUAUAUCUAUAACACCCAUCUACGAACAUAGAUAUGGGCAGAAAAUGCGAAUAAACAGUAAGUUGAACAAGUAUAGUGAAGUCGUGGCAUUAACAUCUUAAUGUUACACAGAAAGCCUGCUAAGUACUUAGCUUUUCUGUUUGUAAAAAUCCAAAAAUGACUCUGGCUGAUGGCCGUGAGCCCCGAAAGACUGCGGGAAACCGCAUGUCCAAACUGCUGGAUGCUGAAGAGGAGGAUGAAUUCUACAAAACAACUUACGGAGGAUUCAACGACGAAUCUGGAGACGAUGAGUAUCAUGGAGAUCAUUCAGACACAGAAGAUGAAGUGGACAGUGACUUUGAUAUUGAUGAAGGUGAUGAGCCAGACAGCGACCAGGAGGAGGAUGCACCGAAAAGGAAGAGCCGUGUAGUGACUAAGGCCUAUAAGGAACCAAUAAAAGUGGCUAAACCUAAACCUAAAAAACCUGUAGAGGAGCAGAAGAAGACUGAGAGAACUAGAGUCGAACAUAAAAGAAGAGUUACACAAGAGUUUCAUGAUUUUGGUGAAAGUAAGAGCAAAAUAACUCGUAAGUCAGUACGGCAGUCCACAAGUGAACACACCCGUAAAACAAAUCUACGUCUUCAAGAGCGGCAGUAUGCACCACGCCGAAGAAGAGGUGCCCACCGGGACAAACCCCUCACUCAGGAGGAGCUGCUGGCAGAGGCCAAGAUCACUGCUGAGCUCAACAUCCGAUCAUUAGAAAAUUAUGAAAGACUGGAGGCAGAUAAGAAGAAACAGGUUCAUAAGAAACGUCGCUUUGAUGGACCAACAAUCCGCUACCACUCCGUCCUGAUGCCUAUAGUUUCUUCCUCAAUGUUGAAGGAAGAAAAUGUUGAUGUUGAAGGGUUGGAUCAGGAUGUCCCUCAGGCUACGACAGCUAAUCCAGGCACACCAUCCCAACAGCAGCAGCCAACAGGGGGUUUGUGCUCUCGUACGUACAUAACAUUCAGUGACGAUGAUGCAUUUGAAGCAGCCUUUCCCAACAGAAGUCAGUCCGCUCUCCAGCUCCCCAUUCAGGAGGUGUGUCCCGUCACCCACAAGACUGCUUUGUACCGGGACCCUGUCACUGAUAUACCCUAUGCCAAUGCACGAGCUUUCAGAAUAAUUCGAGAGGCAUACCGGAAAUAUGUGGCCGCUCAUGGGUUUCCAAACGCAUCAGGGGCCGCUUCAGGACAGGAUUCUGCAGCGUCAAAAGGAGCUCGGCAAAAAACGGUGGCUAAACAGACUGCUGUGGCAACAUAGUCAGUUAUUCAUGAUUACUUGUUGUAUUAUUGUUUUGUACUUUUAGUUCGUGAAAUAUAGGAUAGUUUUUCUACUAAAUAAAUGUCUAAAUUACUCACAAAUUCUCAUUUUCAUCACAUUAAUGUACUUCAAAUCGUGUAAAAACAAUGUAUUAGAUUGUAUCCCAAAUAUACGGUCAUACCAGUCAAAGAUAGAAAGCUAAAACACUAGUUGCAUGUACUAUUUUUGUUAUUAUAUCUGGAAUUCAAAAUUACCCACAACCUGCUGUGAAAGAAUGACAAAAGACAUCACCUCUCCUCUGGCCUUACAGUGCCCUCUUCAGCAUAACAAAGGCAUUUAAUUAAUUUAAAUUAAAAAGAUACAAGUCAAUUAAAUUAUUUUUGAGUUAUAACUCAUCCCAAGUGUUAAAUAAGCACAACCCACUGAGCUCUCACUUUCAAAUAGUAGUUAUUUUUUUCAACUGUCAAAUCAAGCUAUGAGCCCCCACAGUAUGACAGGCAGCUUUGAGACAAAGGGUACAUUUAAAUAUUAAUAAAGGACUACUGACAGUCAUUGUAAAUCAACCUUGAAUACUGGGUGUAAUUUUAACCCAAAAUGUCCCUCCUGUGUUUUGGCCCUGUAGCAGAUGGUUUGGGCUGAAUUUUGACAGCACCUUUGCAGGAAUGCUCCACAAAAUCUGGUUUGUCCUCAUUGCCAAAAGGAUCAUGUUGCAUUCAAGCGGAUUUUCUCAUGCUGUUACCAGAGAUGUCAUGGGGUAUGUCCUGAUGAUUCUGAGAAAGAGUUGAUGUUCUAAUUAAAAACACUGGUUCAUUAUUGCACAGGCGGAAAAACUUUAUAUCAUGCUGGUUAGUUUAUUCAAUUA